UUAGUAUGCUAUUUAUUGUUCAAAAGUAUCGGUGUUUUUAUCGCCGUGUGGUAACGCUGUAAACAACAUAUUGGCGCCCGGCGUUUGUUGCGUUUUUGCAAUUUGUUAUUAAAAAAGUAAAUUAAAAUGCGCACAUCUACAGAACCGGACCACACGGUCUUGAUGAAUGAGUCUAUCAGUUGCUAUGAAAUAUGUUCCAAUGACUUUGCAUACAACCUACUUUGCGUGGCUCAAAAAGAGCAUCUCUCGCUGAUUCUGAUAAGUUUGCCGGAGGAGAGUGGCGAGUUUAUGUGGAACCAUGUGCAAGAUCUAGAGAUCAUGGAGAAGGAUCCACGUUGCCAUGCGAUCGCCUUCUCACCAGAUACCUCGCUGAACACCACGCCAAACAAAGUCUCGAUUUGCGCUGCUCUCGGCAACUGUGACAUCAAACUGUUCCACACCGACCUGAAUCAGUACAGCAGUGUCCACAAUCUGAAGGGACACACCGAUUACGUCAAUGAUAUUGCCUGGGUUUGUGAUGGUGAGCUGCUUGCUUCUGUCAGCGAUGAUUACUCCUGCAGGUUUUGGAAUAUUUCAUCUGAUUUGGAAAACAUCAUCACAUACUAUCUGACAUCGGCGGGCAUGUCCGUGAAAACGCAUCCUGAGGAUCCCAACAAAGUGCUCAUAGCUGAAAAACGUGGUGUUGUCCAUUUAUAUAAUGUGCGCAGCAAGCAGACAGUUGUGUCUGUCGAAUCCCCAAAGUUUCCAUUGAUGUCUGCCGAUUGGGCCAACAGCAAUCGUUUGUUUGUCACCGCAAUUGCAGGAGGAGACAUUGUCAGUUGGGAUCUGAGUCGCCCAUUUAUGCCCGUUGAUGUGAAGCAGGUGCACGAGGAUGGUGGACGCAUUGUGCGUUUCUCACCCGGCAGCUCUGAGAUUGCCAUGGCCAGCAUCGGACGUCCGGAUCUUACUUUGAAAGUGUUUUUGGCCAAAUCGACAGUUCCGCUGAUCGAGGCGGCUCUUAAAACAUAUGGCGGUCUCGCUUGGCAUCAUCGCUUGCCGUAUAUAAGUGCGGCAUCGGAUAGAAAAUUGUAUUUCUGGAAGGUGCAAAUCAAAUAAGCUAUUUAAAUAUUUG